AUGCUAAUUCCAGCUUCAGUUCGUUUUUACACGUAUUUUCCUCUUCUAAUUCCAUCAAUACCAUGUUCAAUUUUCAUCCUUUAUCAUUUUCUCACUAAGCGAACACUUCGUCAAGCUCUAAAUAAUCAUGUCAUUAUUUUAAUUCUUAUUCUUGGUCUUAUCUAUGAGUUAACUGAUGUUAUAUGGUUGAUGCAUUAUUAUCGAGUUCAUGUUUCAUUAUUUCAAAUACCAACAUUUUGUCUCAUAUGGGUAUUUAUUGAUCUUGGAAUAUUUGUAACAAUAACAAUUUUAGUUGCAUGGGCAUCUAUUCAACGACAUAUUCUUAUCUUUCAUGAUAAAUGGGUUUCAACAAAAAGAGGUCGCCUAUUAUUUCAUUACAUACCUUUGUUUCUAUUUUUAGUUUAUCCUAUUCUAUUUUAUAUAUACAUUUUCAUUAUUAUGAAUUGUCAACAACCACUUGACUAUAAAAUAAUGCGUUGUGGUUAUUCUUUUUGUGCUUUCUAUGAUCCAAUAAUUGGAAAAUAUGAUAGUAUUCUACAUCAAAUUAUUCCUACUUUUACAAUUGUUACAUUUAGUUUUCUUCUUGUUGUACGUGUAUUAUGGCAAAAACGUCGUUUACGUCAACGAAUUCAAUGGCGCAAUUAUCAAAAAAUGGCAAUUCAAUUGUUACCUAUUGCUAGUAUUUAUCUAAUCUUUUAUUUCCCCUCUAUGAUUAUAUAUCUUAUGUUCGCAUCCAAUGUGCCACUUAGCACUGGCGCUCUUGAUUAUUAUGGUUCGAGUAUUUUUUUCAUUCCUCAUAUCAUUAUGGUGAUUCCUUUUGCAACUAUUUUCUCACUUCCUGACCUUCGAACAAAACUUAAAAUAAAAAUUUUAUUUUGGAAACGACCAGUACAUCCUUUGGCUCCGCGAACAAUAGAAAUGAACCGCAAAGGAAAUGCUCGAACAGCUGUAAUUAUACAAACUGCUAAAUAA